AUGGCGUUCAACACAACGCCACUAUUGUCCAGUAGCUUUUGCACCGAGGCAACAUUCCGUCUAGCUUGUCAAUGGUCGCCCACCACAUGGCUUUCGUGGACCCAGGCGGACUGUAAUGUGCAUCGUAUACGUUUGAUCUACCGACUCUUGGCAUACCCUGAAUUGAAAGACUCAGCACAUGCAAAUCGGUUCAAUCCCAUCAAAUCUUGCCUCGGUUUAGCUCCCCUUCUGGGCAUGACCGACCUGCAACUUGAUCAAGUACUUUCAAUACUUCCUAAGUACACAGAAGCAGAUUCAAAGUUCCCUUAUCUGUCAUCCGUUUGGAAUUUAACCCCCGGUCUUUUGGCUUUACAACAACUUCUGCAGCCGUUGCUUGAAAUUAUUCUUCUGGCUGAUCGUGUCUGGCAUUUGCGUGAUAAACUGCCCCAUGAGUUAUCAUUCACCGGUCUGGUUAGGCUUUUCGAUCCCGGACUGUCACCUCGAUGCAUGGCUUUAGUUGCUCGUCGAUAUAAGGCACAUGUGUCUGACCGAUCCUGA